UAUUUGUUGACUAGUGCAGGAAGUUCCUUUACUUAGUUGACAGCUUUCCUUAAUCGAUUACUUUACUAGAUUUGUAUUUAGUGAUCGCUAUAAGGCAGUAAAUAUGUAAUAUAUCUCAUCAUCUUUCUAACUGGAGUGCUGUGCAUCAGGCUGGGUGUGGUGUGAGUGUAGCGGAGCUGCUGUGAACUGAAGCCGGCGGAGAUGUCGUGCUCGCUGGAGAAGGUGCUGGGCGACGCGCGGACGCUGCUGGAGCGGCUGAAGGAGCACGACACGGCCGCAGAGACUCUCAUCGAGCAGUCCAGCAUCCUCAGCCAGAAGAUCCACAGCAUGAAGGAGGUCGAAAACACUCUUCCUGACAAGUACAUGGAGGAAAGCACAGAGUAUCAGGAGCUGUCCAGACACAAACCUCACGUCCUGCUGACACAGGAGAACACCCAAAUCAAAGACCUCCAACAGGAGAACAGAGAGCUCUGCCUCUCUCUGGAGGAGCACCAGUACGCUUUAGAGCUGAUCAUGGGCCGAUACCGAAAACAGAUGCUUCAGCUGAUGAUGGAAAAGAAAGAGCUGGAUACCAAACCUGUGCUCAGCCUUCACCAGGAUCAUGCCAAGGAGGUUCAAAGCCAGUUGGAGCGGAUCUGUGAAAUGGGUCAAGUAAUGCGUCAGGCUGUUCAGAUGGAUGAGCGGCGUUACUGCUCUGUAAAAGAGCAACUGGCACAGCUCCAAAUUGAAAAUAAGGAGCUCAGGGGUCUGCUUUCCAUCAGCAACAGCUCCGUGAGGCCGCAAAACCCAGCAGAGAGCCCAAAGAAACAAGAGCCCUAAACGAGGAAAUGUUUGUAUAUUUGUAUGUCUACUGACAUGAAUAUCUGUAUCGGGUUCUUUAGUGUUGAAUUGAACUGUUCUGACGGUGGUUUAACUUCCUGCUGCCCGAUGAUGCACUUUCUGAUGUUUGAUAUUAUUAAUGAUGCUAAUGUGUUUGUUCAGGAAAGACCUAUCACCUCUUUAGUUUUUUAAUAUAUGCUUAAUAACUUCUACGCAAAUGUGCAUUAUAGAUCAGCUUUGGCUGUGUUCAUUUUGCAUUAAAAAAGAAAGAAGUGUAUUUUAAAAUGAGGAUUUUGUCUUAAAUUGAUUUGGUCUUAGCAGGAUCAUAGGUCUUUUUAGGUCACAUUAGUAAAUUGUGGAGUACACUCUAUAUAUGUGAAAACAAUUAUUAACAGACCUAUUAUGUAACUAGCUAUUAAGAAAGUUGUAUGUAUCAGCAGUGUUGCAUCUUUAAGCAGUUUGAUGUGAUGAUCUCAUACGUUGUGUAACAUGCACUGUUUUGCGAUGAGAAUCUUCUUAAAAAUGCCUCUAAGCAUUUGCCAGUCUUUUUAUUGUAAGUUGUUGUAUUUUCAUUUUCAUCUCAGGAAAGCAAUCAUAUGUACUGCAAUUGUUAUUUUGUAUGACACAGUAUGUAAAAUAAAAUACAAGUAUUCAAUG